CCCCCCCCCCCCCCCCCCCCCCCCCCCCCCCCCUUACGAAGUGCUGUGAACCACUCUCCAGGGGGGCGUAUCACGAAAAAACUUAAGUCAGGCUUAAAUGUAUAAAAUUAGCACGUAAGUGCACAUAACGAAGACUUAAGUCCAAAUUUGACUUAGGUCACACUUAAGUUUUUUUGUGAUACGGCCCCCAGGACUUGAAAUGUCAAGUUCAAGUUUUAUUGUAUUACAAAAAAGCUUAAGUCAAAGGGUGACUUAAGUCAUGGAAAAUGUACCCUUAAAGUUAUGACCUAAAACUUAAGUCAUUGACGCAUUUUUCGAAUAGCUCAGGCAUUUACCGAUACGAUUUGACGAAAACGACAUUUUAAGGAUUAGAGAAUAAAUAUUUCGUUAUUUUGCGGGUUUUUGUCCCAAGUUUGUCACUGUUGUCAAUGACUUUUAAAAAGUAAACAAAUCGCCAACUUAAGUCUUUUCAUGAUACGGUUUAAGUCCCCGGACUUAAGUCGGUCUUAAACUUAGACUUACGUUUUUCGUGAUACGAUCCCCUGGUUUUGAAAUAUUUUUCAAGCAUAUGAUUAAAGAGAAUAAAAGAAAAAACUGAACAGAGUGAACAUAAAUUUAAAACAGUAACGAUAGUAUUUAAGUUAAAUGGUACUUAUCAAUUUUGUGCCUAUGUACUCUUUUUGUAUCCAGUUUCUAGUUCAGAAACUUUUUAUUAUCCAAGAUACUAGGUCAGAUUUUUUCUUCCAGGUAAACGAUAUACUUUUUCUUUGAAAAAAAGUCCCACCCAUUUUCUAACGUUUAUGUAAUGUGUUAAAAAGACCGCAAUUUUCCGAGUAACUGUUAGACAAUUUUAGUAUUCGUUAUUAUCAGAAACAUCAUUUGUCUUAUGGAGUUAUUUAACAUUAUAUUGUUUGUUUAGUAAUAAAUUAUAAUAAUUUAUAAAUAUUGCAAAUGAAUCCGAGAAAAUAUAAUAUUGUCAAAACCCACUUCAAUUCUGACUCACUGGGGAAUAACCGUCAAUGAUAAAUGAAGAUUUAUUUCAGUUUUAGAUAGUGUUGUCCUACCUUUUUCUGUCUUUUCGUUCUUCUCAUUCAACGGGUUAACUUUCAGUACAACAUUUAUUGUAGUACCGACUCUAUCGACAUUUCUUUCUUUUUGUAAUAUACAUAUAGAUACAAAUAUGAUACAGCAAACAAUUAAUAUACUGUAUAAUCAACAUUGUUCUACUCUUUGUCGUUUUGAAGCGCGCAGAGAAGAAUGGCGUUCCAACUCAAAGAUGAACUGUAUUUAACAUCCAGAAAAAAUGAAUCAUCUGAAAAAGAUGAAAGGAGAGUUAAACGUUCGCUACUUCGAAAAUUAGAUUUAACUCUAUUACCUUUAUUAUGGUAACCUAUAAAUAGUUUUAAAGCAUUCUUUUUCAAAUAGUUCAUUAGUGUUUUCCUCUAUAUCUAGCGUCAUUUAUCUACUAUCAUACCUUGAUCGAUCGAAUAUAGCUAAUGCUAAACUUGGUGGUUUAUCAGAAGAUGCUCGUUUAAAAGCAAACAAUAUCAGUGGUAAAUCAAAUGAGUAGGCUAGUGAUGUAAAGACCUUUUCUAACCAUAUUUCUAGGAGUCUAGCGAUAUUUUUCAUUGGCUAUGUUCUUUAUGAAGCAUCAAGAUGGAUUACAAUGAUUAUGUUUGUGUGGGGUUCGUACUUUACAUUUUAUUUUUUCUAGUUUGGAUUACAAAAAUCAAUUUUUUAUAUAGGUAUUGUUGCAGUUUGUAUGGCAGCAAUACAAAAUUUUAUUGAAUUAUUCAUUUGUCGAUGUUUACUUGGCAUUUCUGAAACUGGAUUAUUUCCUGGAAUUGUUUAUUAUAUACCAUUAUGGUAUAUAAGCAUUGAAGGGGCACCCACGGUUCUUCUUGCUGAUUGUUGUUGCUUUUUCCUCCCAGAUUCGCCCGAACAUUGUCAUUUCUUGAACGAAGAACAACGAUCAUUUGAAAUAAAUCGUUUAGCAAAAGACGCUGGUGUAGCAAAUGAUCAUUCUUUUUCUUGGUUACAGGUUCUUUCUGUGUUUAAAGAUUGGAAGACAUAUGCAUAUAUGGUUAUUUAUAUCGGUGGAACAAUCUCAUUACAAGGUGUUACCUUAUUUUUACCAACUAUUAUUUCUGGGAUGGGUCAAUGGAACAAUGUAAAAGCUCAGUUACUGACUGUACCUUCCUACGUUUCUGCAUUUUUUGGCACAAUUAUUCUCUCAUUCAGUUCUGAUCAGUAUGUGUCGAUCUAUUGGAAUUGGUAUUAUCUAUAUUUAUAUUUAUCUUUUUCGUUUCGUUGA